GUGAAGUGGAGCAGACCAUCUUCCGAACAGUAGGUGGCAGUAAUGCACCUCAUAAACGUUGGUUGCAAAUCUGCCAUAACCUCAACCGAAGAAAAAAAGUCGUUUUAAAACCUGACGUUAACGUGUUUGUGUCUGAAGUUAGCUUAUUUUACUAAAUUGUCUAGUUGAUUACUUACUAAACAAGGAACUGCAAAAUACGGUGCUUCACAGUGGCAGCACAAGGUGACGUAACUCUCCAGUGACUGAACCAAACGGCCGAUCAUGGACAGUGAAGUUCAGAGAGACGGCAGGGUCCUGGACCUUACAGACGAUGCUUGGAGAGAAGAUCGUCUACCUUAUGAAGAUGUGACCAUCCCACUGAGUGAACUACCUGAGGCAGAACAAGACAACGGAGGAUCGACGGAGUCUGUGAAAGAACAAGAGAUGAAGUGGUCGGAUCUAGCUCUGCAAAGUCUGCAUGAAAACACACCCAACUCCGGAACUUAGUGGAUCGACUGACCAAGGAGGCUAGUUUCUAGCAAUGACACGAAGCUGAAAUUUUUGAAACACGUUUGAAAAUAUGUAAAUAUAGCUACUUGAGUGCAAAAGUAGAGCUGUCUUUAGUCUGUGUAUAAAUGUGUAAGCAUGAGGUUUUGUCUUUUUGCCAUGAAGUCAACUCUUAAUACUACUUAUUAAAUAGUUCCUCAAUGGAUAUUGCAGUCAAAUAAAUACUGGAUUUUCACUUUCA